CGAGACGGCAGAAAUAUGGUGCCAGCCACAGGGGCAGGCACGCGGGCCCUGGAUCAGGGGUGUGCCGCUACCCCUGCCGGUAUGGGCCCAUUACGAAGCUCCAGCCCUGACCGUAUCAACGGUCGAAGAGUAUGAGGAAUUAGCAGGCAGCGUUGAAUUGGAAACGCAGCACUUACUGCGCGAGCACCGUUAUGACACCGUUGGCAAUUUCCUUAAAUUCUACAAGGAUUACGCUGCCAGCGGUGAAAGCGUACUGGAGAGAUUUUAUCACAAAUAUCAACCACUUAUAACACGUGAACAUCAUACUUGCGUAGGUUUGGGGUUUGAGUUACUACAUCGGUUAAAGGGUUUAAACAAACGAUUUCCUGACAUAGCAAGUGGCCUCUACUUAGUGUCCUGCGAGGAGACGAUAGAUAAUGUUGCUAAUUACGUCGGUGGACCACCCGCUGCAGACAGUGGAGAAAAGGAACAUGUACUUGUGUGCCUGAAAAUUAAUAUUAGCGGGCGCCGAGGAGUUAUGCUUCUCGAUCCCGGAUAUCAUGUAGCUCGAGUAAUUACUGUGAUGGAAGAUAAAUUGUAUCCACAUACAGGCUGGUUUAUUCAGUCUGACGAGCCGGAUUGUAAAAAAGAGUACAAUUACUUUCUAUGCGCUAAUGACCCUGAUUAUGUCGAAUGGCAUGAAAGGAAAACUCGAUCUGACACCUUCGAGAGAACACAAGUUGCUCUUAUAUACGUGGCAAGGCCAUAUUUAACUGCCAUCGAUGUUACGGAACGUAGAAAUUUAGUUUACAACUUCAGGAGUCUACUUGCGCGAGAUACUAAAGGUCAUGUUACAGCUGGUAUAUAUUUUCCUGUUGUGCUAGACAUGAAUAAUGCACAAACUUUUACAGUUUUUUACCAAACUAGCAACGGCAAGAAAAGAAUCAAAAUGGCGUUCAAUAAAUUUUGCGGUUCACCAAAGAUUAAUCCCGAUACCGAGGAAAAAGAAAUCAUCGCAGAAUGUGCUCGGCAGUUAGACUUGUCACAAGAUACAGUAGAAGAUUUACUUUCUGCUCUUGCUACAGUUAUGAGCGAUUCAGCCUUCGUGGCACAACUCCUGGCUAUUAAUUCAAGGAUCAACACCUUAGCAGAAGACAAUUAACAAACAUCAAUUCGCCCUACAUGGUGCAAGGAACAUAUAUAUCACUUUUUUUGCCAGCUUUCCUCUUACUUUUUCUUUCUUUUUUUGAUUUUCAUAUUAAUGCUUUGCUAUAUGUUAUAAAAAUUACUUUUAUUCUUGUUACGAUAUAUAGGGGGCAUGAUAUUUUUUAAUGAAAUUGAAUAAAAAUAUAUACGUAUUUUACGCACUGUUGUGACGUGGUUGAAUGAAAAUAUUAACAAGGUACUUAAACAAUUUUUUUAAUAAAUUAAUUUUCAACUUUACUGUAAACUUGAUAAUGUUUUCAUUGCAGGGAUAUUAAAUAAAAUUAAAUUAGUUUAUUGCUUAUAUAAAAACACACGAAAGUAGUGGUAUUAGGGAUAAUUUGCUCUCCUCUAUUUUUUUUUUAGCAUAACGGGGUUUCAAUUAUACUAAAUCUGUGACUUUAUUUAAAUAAAGCAUAAUGAAAAAAACUUA